GCCGAGGAAGAAAAGCGUUUGCACAAUGGCUAGUAAGUUGGUUUGCUAAAAUAACAUGACUCUCUGUAGCGAUUAUACGCCAUAAUAUUCUUCCGAUUAUGGUGGAAGUUAUUCAGCAGAAAUGCAAAGCUAGAAGUAAACGGAACUUGGAGUGAUGUUUGGGAACUAGAGCGCCACGAGUCAAAUACGAAGCACACUUUUGUAUGGCACGUCAGCCUAUCCCACUGAAGUAAUGGGUCCCAGAAAAAAGGUUCAGAAACUGCUGCCACGGGUUGGGAGCAGUGAAGGGGACGUUCUCGUUCGAGCCAGUGAGUCGAGAGACUACAUCAACGAGCUCUCGCAUGAAGUACUCUGCCAUAUCUUUAGAUAUUUGCCUAUGAAGGACAUCAUGUGUAUGGAGUUCUUGUCCCGGAAGCUCAGAGAAGCGGUUACUCUAUACCUACGUGUAGUCAAAGUAGUAGAUCUAUGUGCUGGUCGGUGGUGGGAGUACAUGCCAUCUGGCUUUACCGACAGCAGCUUCCUGCUUCUUUUGAAGAAGAUGCCUGACCUGGAGCAGCUCUAUGGUCUUCAUCCCCGAUACUUGGAAAGGAGGCGUGUGCGAGGCUACCAGGCCUUCAGCAUUCCUGGUGUCCUCGAGGCGCUACAGGCCUGUCCCAGCCUUCUGGGGGUGGAAACGUCACACCUUGAGCUUGUGGAGGCCAUUUGGAAUUACAUGCCUCAUGUCCACAUUCUUGGAAAGUUUCGCAACCGUAAUGGUGCUUUUCCCAUUCCUGCUGAAAACAAGCUGACGAUUCCAGUCACCGCAAAAAUUCAGACUUUACAUCUAGUAGGUGUAAAUGUUCCAGAGAUCCCUUGUGUGUCUAUGCUUCGACACCUUUAUAUGAAGUGGGUUCGUCUCACCAAACCUCAGCCUUUUAAAGACUUUCUGUGUGCAAGCCUAAGAACCUUCGUCAUGCGAAACUGUGCCGGGCCCACCAACUCCCUCAAGUAUGUCCCCCUGGUCACUGGUUUAGCUUCUGCCCGAAAUCUGGAGCAGCUGGAGCUGGUGAGGGUUCCCUUCUUGGGAGGGCUCAUCCAGCAUGUUGUAGAAGACAGCUGGAGAUCAGGAGGAUUUCGGAAUCUUCACACAAUUGCCUUUGGAGCUUGUAAAAAUGCUCUGGAGGUGGACUUGGGUUACCUCGUCAUAACCGCUGCUCGCAGACUUCAUGAGCUUCGCAUCCAGCCAUCGCUCACUAAAGACGGAGUCUUCUCCGCUCUCAAGAUGGCUGAACUAGAGUUCCCUCAAUUUGAAACACUGCAUCUUGGAUAUGUGGACGAAUUCCUGCUUCAGUGUAAGAUGAGUCACUCAGAGCUGGUUAAGUAUGGUCUCGCAGACGUCAUCGAAAAUCCAGGUAUCAUCACUGAUAUUGGUGUGAAGGUGGUGAAUGAGGUCUUCACUCAUAUCAAAUACCUGCUCGUCUACAACUGUCCCCACCUGCAUAACCCUCACCAGUGGAUUACCGAUCAGUCCAGAUGGAGUAGACUUGCUGACCUGACGCUCGUUCGCUGUCAUGCUAUCAAGUUGGAGUCGUUUUCACAGUUCAUCGAGUUACUCCCCAGCCUGGAGUUCAUCUGUCUCGACCAGAUGUUUAGAGAACCCCCUAAGGGCUGUGCCCGGGUGGGUCUGAGUGCAGGAACUGGAAUUGGUGUUUCCUCAGCACUGGUCAGCAACCAGAACACCAACAACGACAAUGACAACAACAACAACAAUCACCAUCACAACAACAAUGAGGCCAACCUUCCACCAGCUCCUGCACCGGUCAACAACAAUCAAAGACAGCAGCAGCGUAACGGACCCGUGCAAAUGAAUGAAGUGGAGGAUGCAGAGGCGAUGUUGGAGGAAGAAAACAGGGAAGUGGAGCCACAGAUUGAUCUGAAAGGGGAUGAUGUGGAGAUGAAAGAAAAGGUUUCUGAGCAAGCUCCAGGACCAAGUUGCCCUGAGGGAGCCCCACAGGUGCCUCAAGAUGAGGAGCAAGCAGGUCCGAGUGGUUUGGUCCGACAACGCAGUUCUGCUGCUCCUAAACAUCAUUUGGUGGUGUCUGACUCGGAAAGCGAGGAAGAGGAAGGUCUCGCUUCACGGUUAAUGCCAGCUUCCAGUUUGCACCAACCAUGCACUGAAGGCAAAGGGAAGACCCCUCUGAGGCGGAACAACAAUAGUCUUGUAGCUCCUGGAGAUGAAGUGAAGGUUCCAAUAAAGCUUCUGGUGUCAGAGCGGAGCUGUGAGAAGAGCUGCCAAGUGACGAGUGAGCAGAUCAAGGCAGACAUGAAGGCUGCUGCAGAGAACAAGAGGACUUGCAAUAAAGGAUUCAGCACUGAGGCUGAGAAAAACAGUAUUAGACCUGGGACUGACUCUCAGAACCCAGGAAUUAGCUCUAGGAUUGGUGGAGAAGCAGCCAGAGCUGCUGUUAGGCCAGUGACUGCAUGUGUAAGUAGAGCAAGGUCGUGCAUGCCACGGCCUGUGGCUGAUUGUGGAAGGUACACUGCCACUACAUCAAUUUAUAGACAAUCCAGCUCGAGCAGUAGAGAUUCAAAAAGUGGAAGGAUGAACGAUGGCCUUCCCGACACUCGGACAGGUGACACCUGCUCAAGAGAUUGUGCCGUUAACCCAGCUAUUGACCAAAGUGACGCUGCAAAUUCAGCCACGGACCACCUUCCAGAUGGAUUGCAUUCUCACCAGCCUCAGGAUCAGGACGUCACUCCCCGAAGGCCACUGACACGAUCAUGCACGCGAAUGUCGUUGGUGUCCUUAGUACCGGAAACAGAUCUUGUAAGAACAAGGCCUCGACCGUCAACAAGAAGGAAGCGAAUGGCUGACAAAUCGACCAGUACAUCAGAUCCAGUGACAGAAGAUGACCACGUACAGGUUUUGUCUCUGAAGAGUAAGAACCUAGUUGGCAUCACUUUGACUAAUUGUGGAAUUACAGACCUGGUCCUAAAAGACUGCCCCAAGAUGAUGUUCAUUCAUGCCACCAGGUGUCGGGUGCUGAAGCAACUGUGGGUGGAAAGUGCUCCCAUCGUCAACCGAUUUGAUUAUGCUCAGUGUAAAAAGCUGGACAUGGAACAGGUCCUGGAUCAGAUCUUGAGGAUGCCCCCAGAGAGGAAUCGCAUCAUAUACAUGCGACCUAUGCACCAGAUUGACUCUGUAGCACUGGAGCGGCAGCUGUUCCAGGGACCAUACCCUUAUCACAUUGCCAUUGUACACGAGUUUAGCAACCCACCAAACAUACGCAACAAGGUUCGCAUUCGCAGCUGGAUGGACACCAUCGCUAACAUCAGCCAAGAGUUAAUCAAGUACGAGUUCUUCCCCGAGGCCACCCGAACAGAGGAGGAUGUGAAGAAGUUUCCAAAAUACCCAUGGGGCAGGGACAUCUACACACUGGAGGGUGUUGUCGACGGCGCCCCCUACUGUAUGAUUACUGACUUUCCCUGGUUGAGGACGCUGAGAGCAGCAGAUCCUAACAGCUACGCUCGAUAUGACUUUGAAGAUGAUGACAAUACCACGAUCUACGCCCCACGACGGAAAGGCCAGCUGUCUGCCGACAUUUGCAUGGAGACCAUUGGUGAGGAGAUCUCUGAGCUGAGGCAGAACAAGAGGGGAGUGUUCCAGAGAGUGGUGGUGCUGUUUCUUCAUCACUGUGACACGGCAGGAGAGCCAGUAGAUGACGACUACAUCUAGGAGGAAGCUCGAGGCUGCAGCUUGAGCCUUGUCGUCCACAACACCACAAAGUGGUUAUUGUCAAUAGCCACAUGGGGGCGCUGCCAAAGAGAAAGCUCUAGCAUUGUGGGAACUUGCUGCAACACUACUUCCAAAGAGUUCAGACCUUUUUUUUUCCCACAUGUCCCUCAUAAUUCUCCUAUUUUUUUGUUGCGCAACAUGUGGCUAGGACCAAACUCUAACGUGAGGAAGGUCCGGACUCUCGCUACAGACGCCUACCUCUCUUCGCACAUGCACACAUACAUGCUCUCUCUCCAUCUGGUCUGUCACAUUGGGUCUUGAUUUUGUCAGAGAAGUUCAGCAAGUGUUAGCCAUAGCACGCAGCAUGUUCCUCUGACUGCUUAAAAAGCCAAACAGGAUUACGGAAAAAAUUACACUCAGAUGGUUCAUUGGAGAUGUGUGCCCAUUCUUUAAUAGUAAAUGUCGAGAUUCAGACCUUUUCCUACAACUCUGCUACUGCACUUUGCCACUGUGUGCUCAUUGUGGACAUGCGCACGCAUCUGUCUUCACACGGAGAAACCAACUGAAUGUAGUUGAACCGGCAUCUUCUCGAGUGUCCUGGAGAUAUGUACAGAGAGGAGUGGAGAGUUUGUUUUCAGGAUGCCAAGCACAGGUCUUGGAGGCUUCCACUAUGUUUAUAUGUUUAUAAGAAAAGUGCAAGAUUAUUUCUCACUGUGAAAAAUAAAGAUGGAGGUUCUAC